UUCCAUUCUAGUUCCAGCUACUCCACUUCCAAUUCAGGUCUCUGCUAAUAUCCUGGGAAAACAGUGAAGGAUAGGUGAUGGAUUUGGGUUCCUCAAAGCACAUGAGACUUGCAAGAGGCUCCUGGCUCCUCACUUCAGACCUACACAACAAUCAAUGUAGGUAUCUGGGGAUAGAACCAGCAAAUGGAAGAUCCCUGUAUAUCUCUCCUUCUCUUUCUAUAACUCUACCUUUCAAACAAAACGAAAUAAAUCUUUUUUAAAAGGUCCUGGAUGAGGCUGAUGCAUUCCGGUCUUCAACUGGCUCAUAAGAGUAGGCUGACUUACCUUCUGUAAGCAACUGUGAAGCCUCAAGAGCUUUGAUUUCUACUGAUCUGCUAACAUACAUGGCUUCUGACAGCAAUGCUCUUCAGGUUCCCUUGCGUCAGAAGCCGAGGAAGAAAACUCAAGGGUUUUUCACGAUGAGUCGGAGGAGGAUAUCAUGCAGAGAUCUGGGCCAUGCUGACUGCCAGGGGUGGCUCUACAAGAAAAAGGAAAAGGGAACUUUCUUAAGCAAUAAAUGGAAAAAGUUCUGGGUGGUGCUCAAGGGGACAUCCCUGUACUGGUACAGCAACCAAAUGGCAGAGAAAGCAGAUGGAUUUGUAAAUCUGCCUGAUUUCACCAUGGAAAGAGCAUCUGAAUGCAAGAAAAAGCAUGCUUUUAGAAUCAGCCAUCCACAGAUCAAGACCUUUUACUUUGCGGCUGAGAAUUUGCAGGAAAUGAACAUGUGGUUAAGCAAACUUGGAUUAGCUGUAAUCCAUCGAGAGUCUACCACAAAGGACGAAGAAUGUUACAGUGAAAGUGAACAGGAAGACCCUGAACCAGCUGUGGAGACUCCACCCCCUCCUUACUCUUCCGAGGCUCCUCUGGCUACGCAGCAGGUGUCUUCGUACUCACCGAAACUGGCUAGAACAGCAUGCUCUGUCUCUUCCCUAGAUAACACAGCAAAGAUGCCCAGCAGUUUUUCUUCCUCUGUAUCUAAAGGAAGGCAACCCUGGCUUGAUACUGUUAAUAGCCCAUCAGCUGAUGAAGAUGUGGGACACUCCAAAGCAUUGGCUGUGCAGGUUCAUUGCUCUGCCCCCUCAGAAGCAAACAGUUACAAAGCUUCAGAAAGCAACUUUGUCACAUCAGAAAGUGGGUUGUUGAACUCUUUGUCCAGUGCUGACACGUCUUCACUGAGCAACAAGCAAGACCAUCUUUCUGUUCCAGACAAGCCUACUGGAUCUAGGGUGACGGACAGAGAAGAAACAAAAGCACCCGAAGAUGAUGAAAUGGAGAAGCUCUACAAAUCACUAGAACAAGCCAGUCUGUCACCUCUUGGGGACCGACGACCCUCAACCAAGAAAGAAUUGAGAAAGUCAUUUGUUAAGCGGUGCAAGAACCCAUCCAUAAAUGAGAAACUCCACAAAAUCCGAACACUAAAUAGCACAUUAAAGUGUAAAGAACAUGACCUGGCCAUGAUUAACCAGUUGCUGGAUGAUCCGAAGCUGACAGCGAGGAAAUACAGAGAGUGGAAGGUCAUGAACACUUUGCUGAUCCAGGACAUGUACCAGCAGCAGCGGGCUGCACCUGCCCUCGAAGGCGAGCUCCAGGAUCUGCGGGGGCUACCUUCAGGCUGCGUUGAAAAUCCUUUCUGAUAACAUGCCAGGAUUCUUUCCUAUUAAUGUUUUAUCGAGGCAAUUCUUCAAGAGGUUACAAGGACUCAGUUCCUCAAACAUCAGCUUCCCCUCUGAAGAUGCAACUUAGGUGAAAAAUAACAUCAGCAAACAUAGCAGUCUUCUCAUUGCAAUUAUAACACAUCCGAUGAGGACACAAUGACUGUUCAUUUGCUUGAACAGAAGUGUUUGUGUGUUGCUAUUGGGAGUUUACACAGAUGGCAGAGGCCCUGGGUUAGGUAUGAGGGAUUUGUCUUCUUUGUCUUACUUCCAAGGGAAUUGCGGCAUGCUAUGGUCCAAAGGCCAGAGUUUAAUAAGGGUAAUUAUUCAUAGAAAUGUUCUGUUUUCCACAAGAAGAAUGUGCACUUUCCACCUGGUUGGGUAGCUGAGUUUUCUGAAUCAUGCUUUAAGUGCAGGGAAAUUUUCUCCAGCAGCGACUUGAGUGGGGCAGAUGUGGAGCUGUGGACAGAAUCUCCUUGUCCUUGGUGUAGAAGGGUGUUGCCUCUUCCACUUUGGGGAAGUACUUCAUAGAACACAGGAGAGCCCAGUGAGGGGGAAUGUUUUAUAUCCCACGGACUCAGCGGACACGUUAGUGUUUUCACAUCCAGGUUAGAGGAUCUGAUGAUUUUUUUGCCUUGCAACGCAGAGAGAGAAGAGAGAUGACUGGAGAUUCGUGCGCCUUCUUCCCUGCCCUAAG